AUGAACAGAGAAAAGAUGCUUGAUCAAUGGAAGAUGUUUGGAGGCAAGGAUCUCACGAAUGAGGCGACACUUGAUUUACUGAGACUGUGUGGGUAUGCACCACAAGAGAUGAGUGUGCCUAUUCCAAGAAGCUUUGAGGAGUUUGAGGAGGUUGCAUCAAGUGUAAGGCCGUCUAUGCAGAGGGAGCAGAUGAGGAGGAUGAUAUCACAGUUUAAUCACAGAACACACUUUACCAAACAAGACAUGAUGAAGUAUCUUGGAAUGGGAGACAGACUCAGUGAAGAAGAGAUGCGAGAGUUUUUGAAAGUUUUUUCGUUUGAUAGGAACGAUGAGGCCACUAUUGAUGAGCUUGUAGAGUUUUUGUAUGCCUCUGAUUGA